AUCUACACUUUUACUUGGGAAGAUCCUGAAGUUGACAUCCAGCAUCUCGAUAUUACUUCUUCUGACUCAGUUUUAGCAAUUACCUCUGCUGGGGAUAAUGUCCUCCACUAUGCAAUUGCUUCCUCGCCUCGAAAUUUGCAUUGCGUCGAUAUGAACCCUUGUCAAGGUCACCUUCUGGAGUUGAAAUUAGCUGCAAUAUCAAGCCUUGAAUACUUUGACUUUUUUGCGCUGUUCGGUCGUGGCUACCAUCCCCGCUUUCGCGACCUGUUGGAUAGUAAACUCGAACAUUGUCUCUCAAUUUACGCUUAUGAAUUUUGG